AUGCCGGAUCCAAAAGUUUCGUAUGCUCCUAUUAAACGUGGAGGCACAAUAAAUAUAGAUAAAAUAAAUGUUAGAACACCAACAAAAAUGUUACCGUAUAGUUAUAAUGUUCUUCCUCGUGAUUGGUUCCUUCUACGUGGAGCUCCAGUGUCAGUCGUAACGUUUGGAGUUUUAGGAGGAGCUGGUCUUUUGUUAUUAGCUUGGCAAAAAUCCGCGAAUAGUCAUCGAACACUUAUCAGCAUGAAAUGGCCAAAAGUUGCGUUGUAUACUCUAAUAUAUACCGCUCAAAUUUAUUUAUGGUUCGCGGGAUUAUCACGCCUAAGAUCGACAAGAACUUUAAUAUUAACACAAUUUUCAGAAAUAUGGAAUAUUCCAUUUAUAACGUGUCUAUUAAGAAAUAAUACAUCUUUAGAUUCUACAUUAACGGUUAAGGGAGCAAAUUAUACAACAUUGACCCUAAUCUUGUCGUUUUUUGUAGAUUUAAUAUAUGUCUUAAGUACAAAUUCUAAACCUUCAAUUCCUUUAUCACAAGAUAUGGAAACAAUUAUUGAUGCCAGUUAUUUUGAAAAUCAUUCAAUUGGUAGUCUAGUUAUUGGGUAUCUUUCUAUACUAUGUUCGAUCGGGUUAUCAGGUUAUAAACAAACGUUAGGGAAAAAGCUAGCUGUCGAUGUGGGUGGAAAUAGACGUUUACUUGCUAUUUCUGUCCCUCUUGGGGCGUUAAUGAUCUCACCCUUAGCUUUUGUUCAAUAUCUUAUGUACUCUACAAGUUACUUAGAGAAUAUUAAACACGAGGUUGUGGCAUGUGGAGGGUUGGGAGCUGGUCUAAUUAUAUCAGACUAUUUUGUUGGACAUUCGAUUGGUAUAAAAGCUUCCACACUUUCUCAUGUUACAGCAGGUUGGCCAAUUUCAAUUGCAAGUUCUAUUUUUUUAGGAUUAUUUUAUUUUUAUGAAGAAUUUUCGAUUCUGGAUAUAAUGUUGGCAGGUAUCAUGUUUUUGGGAAUUUAUAAUUUGAUAAGUGCUGAUACGCGAUACGCAAAUGAAACACAUUUUCUAUCGCCUGGAGUUGGUAGUAGUGCCUUUGAGCUCCCGCUUCAUGGCAGCGCAAAUUCUACAAUUCAUGCAUUAAGAGGAUUCGGAAUCUUGGAAAAUAUAAGUUCCUAUAUCAAAAUUAUCUUGGAUAAUCAUGAUUCGCGGCAAAUCUUUUAUUUUUUAUUAUUAAAUUUGAGCUAUAUGUUUGUUCAAAUGGUAUACGGGAUCUGGACCAAUAGCUUGGGUUUGAUUUCGGAUGCUAUUCACAUGUUCUUUGAUUGUUUGGCAUUGGCGGUUGGACUUUUUGCUGCUAUCAUGAGCAAAUGGCCUGAGAACAACAAGUUUACAUAUGGGUAUGGAAGAAUCGAAACACUUUCAGGGUUUGCGAACGGAAUAUUCCUCAUUUUGAUUUCUAUAUUUAUCAUGUUUGAGGCUAUCGGUCGUUUAAUUGAUCCUCCCGAAAUGAACACUGAUAGAUUAUUAUUAGUAAGCUUCUUAGGAUUUGUUGUUAACCUGGUGGGGAUUUUAGCAUUUAAUCAUGGGCAUCAUCAUGGGCAUCAUCAUGGACAUUCUUAUAGUCAUGAACAUGGAGAUGACCAUGACCAUAAUAAUGUUAAUCAUAAGAAUCAUCAUCACAGUCCUGAUGCAAAUCACAGCAGUCUUCAUCAUCACCACCAUCAUCAUGAACACGGCGAUAAUGCAAAUAUGGAAGGUAUUUACCUACAUAUACUGGCUGACACGCUUGGUUCGAUUGGAGUAAUAAUUUCAACAUUACUUAUUAAUCAAUUUGGUUGGACUGGAUUUGAUCCUUUGGCUUCAAUAUUGAUUGCUACAUUAAUUUUCAUGAGUGUUGUGCCAUUAGUUAAACAUUCAGCUGCAGUUUUAAUGCUUUCAAUAAGUGAUAAUCUUGAGUAUCGUAUAACCGAAGGAUUACACGAGCUAUUACAUGUCGAUGGAAUCAUUUCUUAUACAAUGCCACGAUUUUGGCCUAAUGAUGGUCAAUGCUUAAUAGGAAGUAUACAUAUUCAAAUUAAAGAUCAAUUUGAGGAACAAUUUAUAAUCAAUGAAGUGACGCGGGUUUUAAAAUCACAUAUAAUAGGAUUAGCAGAAUUAACAAUACAAUGA